AUGUCUUCAUCAGGUACAGCUGUAAAGAUUGCACAUGUUGAUCUCAACUCGUACACGAUAUUCGAGUCGGCAUUGCUCGUAGUGACCCUUUUUCAAUUUUUGUACGUGAUCAAACACAUUCUCAUCAUCAAAAGAUAUUACACAGCUGCAAAGUAUGAGGCUAAGAAUAUGAACAUUGUGAUGGCCAUGAUCUACAUUAUUGUAGCAGGAGAAGGUGGAGGCAUACUUUCGCGGGUUCUUAUCGGAAAACCUUCUCCUUUCAUUUCAAAUGAUUUUAGAUUAUGGUGUGGAUUGGGAACUUGGAUUGUAUGCUCAUAUAUCUUGUUCCGAUCAACAAAGGCUAAAGAAACAUUUGCUGCAUGGCUCAAUCAUCCUCUUUGGAAAUAUAUUCUUGUCAUUCCGAAUGAGGCUAGAAGAGCUAUUGCCCUAUGUGUGAACAUGUUGGCCUUUUUGAAAAUUGCUCGAGCUGAAGGUCAUGCAUCUGUGAUCCUUUUCCCUGCGGUGUUGGGCUUUAUCUCAGCCUGCGGUGGAGGAUUAAUGAUGAAUGGAAUUGAAGCUGCUUAUGUCACCAAAAAUUUCACUUAUGGAUGGAGAUCGUUCAUGGAAGCUCCUACAUGGAAACUGAAAUUGCCUUUCGUAUGCGCCUUAUAUUAUGCAUUGAGCUAUUAUUAUUUGGAAAAUCUCACAAACGUUUCAAACUUGGAGAACAACAUGCUUUAUUUACUUGCAUACAAUGCUAUCUAUGUCAUCAUUGCUGUCUUUGUUUUGCUUCCAAUUUUGACUGAUUUAUCUUCAUGGAUUUUGGCUCCAAAGAGUCCAUCCAAGCCAGUUACCCCUCCCUCAGAAAAGAAAUCAAAGAAGGAAUAA